AAACAGAGAAACGAGUGCAUCGACGGCCGUGAUCUGAAAAAGAGUGAGUCUCCCUCUCUCCUUCCCCUCACCAAAACACAGAAAGAAACGAACGACACGCGAUCGAUUAACGAACCUCAUUCCUCGUCCUCGCGUCCGCACGUAUCCGCAAGUCACCUCCCGCGUCUCGGUCAGCUGCAGCUACCGUCCUCCUUGUCGCCGCUACUUAACCUACCUCCCCCGACCUACACCGUCGACAAGCACCAACAUCAACCACGCAAACAAUGGCUUCCGACCAUGAAUUAGAUCUCGAGUACCGAGCGGCUGCCGCGAAAUCAGUUCGACCAACAUCGACUCUUGCGCGUGCUUUCGCGAAUCAGCUCAAUGAUAUUUUCCUGCUCGACGACCAGCUCGACAAGCUCGACCAGAGUGUUAGUCGGAAAAAGCAAAGCGUCUCGUACCAAAACUCGGAGCUUGCGCUCCUCGAAGCGCGGAUAAAGCAGGCCGAAAAGCUGCUGGAGGAAAAGAAGCAGCGACUUGCUGGCCGGUCACCCACGUCCUCGGCAAGAAGCAACGUCCCCGAUUACGCGCCCAACCCCGCCUUCUCGGCUAUCGCGAAGGCAGAUGAGCAGACCGCCGAGGACGGUGCCGAGCCGAAGGAGGGCUCCGCCGCUCAGGAAAAUGGGUACCAGGCUAGACCGCCACCACCACCACCGAGCGUGCCCACCAACGUCUAGGGACCGGGCACUCCCGCGGAAUAGGCGGAAGGGAGGUUUAGACAGGAUGGGGUGUUUCUGCUUUUCUUCGAGAGGGCGGUGGUCCGUGGAUGCGGGUGCCGGUGGUUGGUUGGUUGGUUGGCGGUGGUGGUUGGGGAGUUUUUGUUUAUGUUCUUUUUUUUUAUUUCGGCUUAGACUCAUGGUUGAUGAUACUCUAAGCUUUCUUUCCUUCCUUCCAUCUGCUCCUCCUCUUCGUUCGUUCCCUACUGCUUGUGUG